GGGGAGUUGCCGCGCAAUAAUCGAGACACAGCAUAAGGAAACAAACACAUAUUGACGUUUAUUUAGCUCAUCUAGAGCUGUUAAUAUGCAGCCAUUCUAUCUUCCCUUUUUCAAAGGGAACGAUAGGUUAAAUGGAUUCGAUGAGGAGGACCAUGAAGAGUUUGCAGAGCGCCUUAGGAAAACCUUAUACUAUGGAAAAACACCCUCCACUGAUCGCCCUUCGCUUCCUCUAACUGAAAUAACUGUUGAAUACUUACAAGAAGCAUGUCCAAGGCAACUAGGAAAACUGGAUACAUACACGGCUGCAACAACUUCAAGACAAGCUUGCAUGUCACCAUGUUCGAUAAUGAUGAGUAUGCUCUAUGUCAAACGUUUAAAGACCCGGAACCCUGCUUACCUACAACAGAUUUCUUCUUCUGACCUAUUCUUGAUUUCUGUGAUGAUGGCUUCCAAGUUUUUGUACGAUGAAGGAAUUGAUGAUGAGGUUUUUAACGACGAGUGGGCAGCCUCUGCAGAUCUAGAAACUGAAGAAGUGAAUGAAAUGGAGCGUCAAUUCUUGUCAGCAAUUGACUGGCAGCUUUUUGUCAAACCAAAUGAAUUCUACGACAUCCUUCAUGACUUGGAAAGACGGAUUGCCCUGCGACAAGCCAGAGACCGGGGUUGGUUUACAUACACAGACCUCAUGGUGCUAUCAGAAGAUCCUGAAAUUGCCAGACUAGUUGCUUUUCUCAGUCAGGAGAUCUCUAAGGUGGUGAUGGUCAGCUCUUUUGCCUACUUAGCCAGUGUUUUGACAAUGGUGGGCUCGACUCUUCUUGUCACCACUAUGUCAACGGCAAUCAUGAUCAAUGGUCCAGUGAUCUUGACACCUCCUCUCCCAAGUCUUCCAGAAACUGUCCCGAAAGGUCUGCAUGGUCGCUGUAACAAUACCUCUCCUGUUGUGAAAACACCAGUAGAUACGGUUACAACAGAUGUCAGUGGUCAUGGAAAUGAGGAGACAACAAGGGCUACAGAUAGAAGUAAUGAGGGUCUCUCUGUGCUAAAGAACGCGGUUGAUGGACUUCUCUCUCUUUUCACUGUGGUUUCGUUGAGAGAAACUUUCGUUAAGCACAUGUACGGCAACAAGGACACCCAGAACACCUACGAUCAACAUUUGAUAGAUUAUCCACAAUCGACCAACAUAGCCCAACGUCCAAACAAAUCUGUGACCAUCAACUACGGAAAUUCUAAUGAACAGGUUCAAUAUCCCAUUCAUGGUUGUGCUUCUUGUGAAAAACAUGAACCAAAUGGAAAUGAACGAAGUAGAAAUGUCCAAACAGGGACCAAUCCAACUCAGUGUGUUGUGGAUCAUGAUAUUGUUUAUGCUGGUUUCAAGGACUUAAUGUUGUAUGAUCACUUUUCGGACAUAUCAUUGGGGUUCUCUACUGGACUGAGGUCUCCGGCAUUGCUACACACCUGAUAGUUACAAAAACAUAACAAAGUACAUGAUAAGUACAGGAUUUUAAAAAUAUCAAUUUUGUUUCCUUUCUGUGCUUGUCACAUCAAAUGAUACAAAAUAACAUCUGAAAUCCAGUAAUGUAUUGAUAGAUUCUGCUGCUUCCGAAAGUCAAUUUAAUUUCAAAGUGGGGAAAAAAAGAACAGAUGUUUAGGGUCUUGGAAUUUCUAUCUGGAAAAAUUGGCAAUCUUUUACAACAUGAUUGAAAUAAAAUGAUGGCGUCUUUAAAAUAUUAUUUCGUUAGAAUUGCCCUGUAUAAAACUUUAUCUUGGAAAUAUCAUGUACUUUGUUAUGUUGCUAUAAAUGACCAUUUUGUGUGGUUCGGUGUAUAAUCGCGUGUAACCUACGAUAUUUAUUUUUGUGAUCAGACUAGACAUAAUCCAAAUAUAUCGAUGUUCAAUAAUAAUUAUGUAGAAUUGUAAAAUCAAUAUUGUGAAAUAAUUAAUAAGAGUAUUGAGUCAUCAAACAUAAAGGAAUCAAUUUUAUAAUAUUAAAUCACAUUUUCAGUACAGGUAUUUAUUUUUGCAUCUAGAUGUGGUAUGAUACCAUACCACCGAUUACCUGUUCUAAUACAAUUUACAAAUAACAAUUACCUGUACUUGACUCUAAUUGGCUGUAUUUAACAAGGUGAAGAUAGCGUUAAUAUUAUCAUCUGUUUUCAGAAAUCGAUGGCAGUACAGGGGCAUGACAGUGUAACAGGGAUUGACUAUUUAUUUUUCAAUAAGAGUUCUAUUUUUCUGACUCGAGCUCAUUCUGAGUAAAUAUUUUCAAUAUAUUAUUGUUCAGUGUUUCUGUAAGAAAACUUUGAAUUCCACAGUUUAAUGUUCUCUGGGAGUGACAGAAAGAAAUCCACUAGUGAGUUCAACGUUUUAAAAUCAUGCAAAUACAUUACCUCAACAAUAUAUAUUAGUAAUUUUUACAAAUAGUGCUUAAUAUACAAUGUUAUCAUGAAUAUCAUUUAAACAAACUCUCAAUCAAGGAAAAGAAUCAAAAGAAUUGUAAGAAGAAAAAAAAGAUAGAUUUUAUUGCAUUUGCUGUGAAAUCAUUGCUAAUCUGAACUAUUUUUUUCUCAGUUGUUGAAAAAUUUAACUAGAAAUUUUACAGCUGUUCAAUUCCGUAUUGCAGUCUAAGAAAUAUUGGCUAUGUCAGAUGUUCUAUUACACUCAGCUCCAACCGUCAGCUUGAGCUCUUGUACAAAUAAUGUUCCACUGUAUACAAUGUUCUAAUGUAUCCAUUUUGUGAUAAUGUCUAGUAUUUACUUGUCAAUCUGCGACUGCACUCUUUACAUUUUGAUUUGAAUGAAUUGAUGCUGCAGGACAAGGGCAUUAAAAAGUGUUAUCUGAAGCAUUUUAUCAGUUUCACAGAUUAUAUAACAACUAAAUCUACCUGAUAAUUAAUAUUCUAAUUAAAUUGAAGAAACAACUGCCUGUAAACCAGUGUGCUAUUUUUCAUUAAUAAUCAGUUUUAAGCUAGCUAUAUUGCACAGUACUCCUUAAGUCAAAUAUUAUAAAUACAUAUGCAUAAGUUUAACUGGCUUUCUUCAAACAACUACCGGCCUGAAAACUUGGUGAAAAAUGUGAUACGACAAACGUGGUAAAAAGUUGAAUUACAAAGCCUCUAUUCUUAUCUCGCAUCCACCUUGAUUCAAAAACCAAUGAAACAUUUCAUUUACUUGAGUCUGUGUUAUAUUUUAAUGUAUACUUAAUUUGCAGAAACAAAAAGUCAAUCCCAAUUUUUCAGGGGUACAGGACAUCUUGUGCGAUUAACAUUCCCCUCUUGUAGCAUUUAAUGGAUACGCUUCAAACGAAAAAACAAAUUUACCAAGAGACAUAUCAAUCCAUUUUAUAUUUAUCAAUAUUUUAAAUCUUGUUAAGAGAAAAUUAAGUAAUUUACGCUGAUAAAAGAUACAAAAAAUGAAAUAAAUUGUGAUCAAAUAAAGGUGCAUAUUAAUUCUGAA